AACGAAUCCUAGUCCAUAUACCGAAGCUGGUGCUGCUCCAACUUUGUUGAACACCUCACCUGCAAUCGCCUCGAGUGAGUCACGAUUGACUUCGGGUCGUCGCCUUCUCGAAUACGACGCCAUCUGGCCUGUGGAAUAGGAAAAGCAUGUGGCGGCGUACAUACUUGUUACUGGUGCUGGUGCGGUUAUGGUUCGCCCUCUCGCCAAGUUACCUACAUCCGGACGAGAAUUUCCAAGGUCCAGAGGUCAUUGCAGGAGAGAUCUUCAGCUACCCCGUGCGUCGAACGUGGGAGUUCACAAGCGACAACCCCAUCCGCAGCGUCUUUCCCCUAUGGCCCGUGUACGGACUACCGAUGCUGUUGCUGCGAUGGCUGUGGAUCGGCAACGGUCAGGACGGCGAGAUUCCUCCGAUUGCAGUGUUCUGGACGCUGAGGGUCCUCAUGUUCUUGAUAAGCUUCGUUCUCGAGGAUUGGGCGCUUCAUGAGUUGAUCCCUUCGCCCAAACAUCGCCGUGUCGCAGUGCUGCUUGUGGCCUCAUCCUAUGUCACAUGGACGUAUCAAACCCACACAUUCUCCAACUCUGUCGAAACACUGGUUGUGGCUUGGAGCAUGGUCCUCAUUCAAAGGAUCGUGGAUGACCAGCAACAAUCGUCAUUCAUGGCCUCCUUUGUGCUAGGCGUCGUCAGUGUCUUUGGCCUCUUUAAUCGAAUCACCUUCCCGGCUUUCUUGGUGAUCCCAGGCUUCCGCCUGAUUGCCCACUUCUGGAGAAAGCCUCUGUCGCUGGUAGCGGUAGCUUUGGCGGCGAUGAUAACGACAACGGUCGCGAUUGCUCUUGACACCGCGUUCUAUACUGCCGAACCCAUAACAUGGUCUGACCUGAUCAGUCGCCCUGUGAUCACGCCAUGGAACAACCUGAGGUACAAUUCAGACCUGGAUAACCUCGCUCAGCAUGGUCUUCAUCCAUGGUACCAGCACCUUCUCGCCAACCUGCCAAUGCUUGUAGGACCUGCUUCCUUCCUUCUCUUCCUCCGGCCACACUUCUCACUGCGACUUUACUCGGCUGUCUCAGGGAUCUUUGUACUUUCUGUUUUCCAGCAUCAAGAAGCUCGGUUCCUCUUGCCGACGGUACCCCUGAUCUUGUCAUCGGUGCAGCUUCCUAAGAACCAGGUUACCCUACGGAUCUGGGCAGGCGCGUGGAUUAUCUUCAAUCUCUUCUUCGGGGUUCUUAUGGCCUGAUGCCACCACAGCUGUUUGGUGGAAGACCUACACGCCUCCCAUUUGGCUUCUGAAUGGCAAGAACGAGGUUCUCCAAACGAGAGACGUGAUGGGCAUGCAGGGCGAUGACCUAUAUGAGCAACUCACGGCACUCGCAACGUGCGACGUGCCCGCUGAUCGUCGCAACCAGGAGUACCUCAAAGAGAAGAAUGGCACAUACCUCAUAGCCCCUGCCUCGGCCACAUGGUUGGAUCCAUAUCUGCCCAACAAAGGACUGGAGGGGUUGAGGUUCAGAGAGGUGUGGCGACACAACAGGCAUUUGAAUCUGGACGACCUUGAUUGGGGCGAGGAUGGCGUUUGGAACACCCUCAAAAGGGUCAUUGGGAGGAGGGGCCUGGUGGCCUGGAGGAUCACCAAAAGUUGUUAGAAAUGAAUGAUACCCACACAGCGAUUUGUCAACGUUUUGUCGCACGGAAUAGCGACGUAGUCCCACGCAGUGCAC